CAAGGAUCCAGACACAGCCGACCGAUCCUGGCUUGAAGAUCAAGCCGACCAAGGAAACCCAUCAGUCUCGUAUUUUUUGGCACGGAUCCUUCAAGUCGAACUCACUAUCGAUCAGUCUGCAGACAAAUCAGAGGCCAUCCGCCAGCAGAUCAUCCACCAUUUGGAGAGUGCCGCCGAGUUCCAACAUCCGAUGGCACAGUUUCGCCUGGCUGGAUGUUAUCGCAACGGACUCGGAAUCGACCCGGACCACACCAAGGCUAUCGAGCUGUACCGCAGUCUGGCCGAACGUGGGAUGCCUCAGGCUCAAGUUUCCCUCGGCCAAUACUUUGAGAAUGGCGAGGGUGUCGAACAAGAUUAUAACAACGCGAUCGAGUGGUACUCCAAGGCUGCCGACCAGGGCAGCGACGAUGGCCGACUCCACAUCUUGUGGAUCGGAAUGUGCCGCUUUUGUGGCGAGGGAAUAUCAGAGGACAGCAAUAAGGCAUUCGAGUGGUUUAGCAAGUCGGCCGAGGAGGGCAACUCAUAUGGGCAGCGGUGGGUUGGAGUGUGCUACUACUGGGGAUACGGAGUAACCCAGGACUACACCAAGGCAGCCGAGUGGUAUCGCAAGUCGGCCGACCAGGACAAUCGAUACGGACAACUUCAGCUGGGCUGGUGCUUCGAGAAUGGCCGGGGUGUUGGUGAGGACGUCGACACCGCCAUCUUCUGGUACCGCAAGUCCGCCGACCAGGGCGACGAAGACUCUAUCGGCAGACUCAAGGAAAUCGGAAAGUGGCCCUAAUCCCCGAGUCUCUCCCAAGUUCCACUCCCAAAGUAAUAAGCUACAACACCCUACAUCCAACCAAAUUUCACCGCCACCAUCAAUCCAAAUCACCAUGAUACCAAAGAGUGGACUUGCAAAGUGGUUCUGAUGAAGCGGCAAUGGCCGAGCAG